AAGACUCGUCCCGUCUAAACCAAAUCAACCUUGAAGAUCCUCUCGAUUCCGAAUCAAAUCUGUCGGAUCUCACUUUCCAACUGUCACAUUUCAACAUUUUCAAUCAAUUUCGAUCAUCCUUACAUAUAAAAACUCCUUCAAUCCCUCCUCUCCUUCCUCAAAUUCAAUCUUCUUCUUCUUCUUCUCCAAUUCAUAUUCUCUCUUUACUUCUUACCUAUUUUUCAGCUUUUAGCUAUGGUUGUUGCUCUUGAAUCCACCCCUUUCCACGUUCUUGCUGUUGAUGAUAGCUUCAUCGAUCGCAAAUUGAUCGAACGCCUCCUCAAAACCUCUUCCUAUCAUGUUACUGCUGUUGAUUCCGGCACUAAGGCCUUGGAAUUUCUCGGUCUUGUUCAAGAUCACGAUCAACAAACUGACUCCAAAAUCGCUCCUGAAAAUCAUCAUCAUCAAGAAGUGGAUGUAAAUUUAAUCAUCACGGAUUACAGUAUGCCUGGAAUGAGUGGCUACGAACUCCUCAGAAAAAUCAAGGAAUCGAAAUCUCUUAAAGACAUACCGGUUGUGAUUAUGUCAUCUGAGAAUGUUCCUUCAAGAAUCAACAGAUGCUUGGAAGAAGGAGCGGAAGAAUUCUUCCUCAAACCAGUUCAAUUAUCCGAUGUCAGGAAAUUGAGACCUCAUUUGAUUAAAGAAAAAUCCACAAACAAUUGACGAUGAAGAAAGAACAGCAACAAGAAUUCUUCAACAACUAAUUUUUCUUUAUUUUUGAGUAAUUCUGUAAAGAAUUAGAUCCCCAAAACUGACUCUUAGAGUUCUACACACACAUUUUCUUGGGAAACUAACCGAAUGUAUAAAUCUACUUUUCAAUUUUGCCUUCUAAUUCAAUGGAAUCAUUUUUU